AUGACAGUGCAGGACAUUGAAGGGGACCUAGCAUGGCUAACCAAACAGGAGAAGGACACAGGAGCGAUCCCAGUAAAGUUUGGCUUCACAAACUUCAAACCCUGCCAAACUGGGCAAGAGACAGCCCUGGCUUACGUAAGUCAGAGCUGGGUGGUUUCAGUUUCUAUUCAGGAACUCAGCUGUGGCGCCCAAGGUCAACACAGAGAAAGUCCCUCAUAUUCUUGGACCCACAGUCUUCACUAUAACCUCACAGUGAGGUCCCAAGGUGGAUCAGUGCAAUCAAGGUCCUUUGCCAAUGGUUAUUGGGACCAUCAGCUCUUCCUUCACUUUGAUAAUGACAAAAAAGAAAGUGCAAAGCCCCAGGGGCCAUGGGCAGAAAAACCUUUGGGAACUGAGAGCUGGGACACAGAGAUCCAGGAGUUGGCAGAGCACAGCAAGAAUCUAAAAGCAACCCUGGCAGAUAUCAAUGCCUGGCAAGAGCAGAAAGGAGGGUCUCAUUUCCUCCAGGAGACUUGGGGCUGCAAGAUUCACAAGGACAACCGCACCAGGGCCUUCUGGAAUUUCUACUACGAUGGGGAGCCCUUCCUCUCCUAUCAUCCAGAGACACGCAGCUGGACAGUGGAGCCAUCCUCAGCUCAGAACUUGGCUAUGGAAGUCAAGAAUUCCUGGGAUGCAGAUGGCAUGCAAAGCAAGGAUUACUGGGCCCAAGUGCAGGGAGAGCUUUGUGGAAGACUCAGGAGAUAUCUAGUCUUCUGGAAGGGCUCCUCCUACUCCCCUGGAGCCUCUGCCCAGAGGACCUUGUGUGAGUUUAUCGUGUUGUGAUUUGCCUGUCCUGUCACACCGCUAGAUAGAGACAGGAGGGUGUAUGUGCCCAGACACUAGUGAGCCCUCACCUCCCUGCCUGCCUGCUAUCAUAGAGAGCUCCCACCUGGCCCCACAACCCUGGACCCUCCAAAAUACCCCUCAUCACCUCACAAACCAGA